CACUCAGAGCAGCUUCCGCGGAAGAGGUAUGGUACAAGGCGGCCAAACGGAAAGAGUUCCUGACUAUCUACAGGGCGCACAUGAUGCUCAUGACUGUCAUCUGCAUUCUCGCUGUCGACUUUAAAGUGUUUCCGCGCGAGUUUGCCAAAUGUGAGAGCUGGGGGACAAGUCUUGUGAGUUGGCGAAUCAAGUGCUUGUAGAGUGGGAGACUUCAAAUGCUGAUGUCUAACGCCCAUCGCAGAUGGACCUCGGCGUAGGCUCGUUUGUUUUUUCGCUCGGCAUCGUCUCUUCGGGCCCGCUUAUCCCAUCGCUACACUCAGCACGACACCGCUUCCGACCGCCGCGGGCGCUGCUGCUGAACAACAUCAAGAAAGCGCUGCCGCUGCUCGCGCUGGGCCUGGUUCGCGUCGUGAUGGUCAAAGGCAUGGACUAUCCGGAACACGCUAGCGAGUACGGCGUGCACUGGAACUUUUUCCUCACACUCGCCGUCUUGCCUGUGCUCAGCUCGCUGUGCCGGCCGCUGACGCGGCUCGCGCGCUACUCGGUCAUCGGCCUGUCGAUCGGCGCGGGCUACCAGGUGCUGCUGUGGUGGCGUGCGGAUCUGCAGGAGUGGAUACUGUCUGACCCGCGCGUGCGGCAUGGGGGCUUCGUGCAGCAGAACAAGGAGGGCCUUGCGUCGCUCGCGGGUUACCUUGCCAUCUUCAUGCUCGGUAUCGACCUGGGCCACUACGUGCUCCCACUGGACCCGUACCAGGCCUUCCGCCGGCGCUCGCGCACGCGCCGGCGCGAGAAGACUGGCAAACUGAGCAUGGUCCUCGCGAGCUUCUCGGUGCUGUACUGGUCCGCGUUCUUGCUCCUGCGACUCCUGGGCGCGCAGAACAGUCGCCGGCUGGCAAACCUGGUUUACGUUGUCUGGGUGACGGCGUUCAAUGCGUCCUUUCUUCUGUGCUACGUCGCAGUGUACGCUAAGUGGCUGCAGCUGCUCAAGCAGCGUGCACUCGCCUCGGCCGCAUCGGUUCAGGAGCUCGAGGUUCGUCAGUGGACAAAGCGCAUGGCAGAGUGGAGCCCUUCGUUGUUGGAGGACAUCAAUCGGCACUCAUUCGCUAUCUUUCUUGCUGUGAGUCCCGGCGUUUGUUAGGGCGUCGCCAUUCGUGCUGACACUGUUCGUCACUCCUUUUGCGCCGCAGGCAAAUAUGCUGACGGGACUAGUGAACGUCUCAAUGGCGACGAUGCACGCGAGCAUCUUGGCUUCUAUGCUCGUGCUUCUCUUGUACAUCGGCAUCAACUGCGUCCUCGGGUCUGCGCUCACCCGGCUCGGCUGGCGGCUGCCCUUUUGACGGAUAGCAUGGCACGAGUCUUCAGCAAGGGAAGAGCAUAUGUAGCAUACAUUCGCACACACCAUUGCAUAGCUCAUCGAAUGAUGAGAUUGAAUACAGACGCCAGCACUCGAUUGUUGUGCUCGCAUCAUCUCGGCGCGUCGAUAGUGAAGAAAGAGAGUAGAUGCUGCGUGCAUUGCCAAAAAGGGGGACAAGGUGUGCAGCGAGAGAGAUGGAUUGGGAUGUGCAGUGGAGUGUAUUCGGACACGGACAUAUACACAGACAUCACCGCAGCCGUCCCGCU